CUGAGCUGUUUGAAAAACCAAAACUUUAUUCAAAGAGGUUCCAAUGAUCAGUGAGCACAGGCUGAAAUGUCCGUAUAUGAAGAGAAGCUGAGGCGACUCGCCUUCUCUAUCACUGGAGGGAAAAUCUGUCUUAAAAAGUCUGCUGAUGACUUUAAAUUCUCUAAGCUGAAGUGAAUCAAAGUCUGAAUAUUCGGACUCCAGCUUCAUGUUGGAGGAGGAGCUGGGCCUCCAGAGCCCCGCCCCCCAUCUACAGGACCCUGGCCCCUCCCUGCGGCACUCCUCUCACCUGGCGGCGAAGGCGGGGCUGAGCGGAGAGCUGGGGGAGGAGCUGGACCUCAGUUUUCUACCCGAUGAACUCAACACACAGGAGGACACAGCGGAAGCAGCAGCGAGUCAGACUGCAGCUCUGGACAUCUCUCAUGACAGCGGCGUCUGUCCAGACUACAACUCCCAGGAUUCUGCAGCGGCUGACCCCCAGCAGGGGGCAUCCACGUCGGGACUGGGGACGGGUGCUUCCCCCUUCUGUCCCAUGACCCCCAUGACCCCCAUGACCCCCAUGACCCCUGUGACCGAGAGGUCGGGAAUCAUCCCACAGUUGCAGAACAUCGUCUCAACAGUGAACCUGGGUUGUCCUCUGGACCUGAAGUUCAUCGCCCUGCAAGCCAGAAAUGCGGAGUACAACCCAAAGCGUUUCGCAGCUGUCAUCAUGAGGAUCCGCGAGCCUCGAACCACAGCGCUGAUCUUCAGCUCGGGGAAGAUGGUCUGUACAGGAGCCAAGAGUGAGGAGCAAUCACGGCUGGCAGCCAGGAAAUACGCCCGGGUGGUGCAGAAACUUGGCUUCCCCGCUCGCUUCCUGGACUUUAAGAUCCAGAACAUGGUGGCCAGCUGUGAUGUCUGUUUCCCCAUCAGACUGGAAGGACUGGUCCUGACCCACCAGCAGUUCAGCAGUUAUGAACCGGAGCUGUUUCCAGGCCUCAUCUACCGGAUGGUGAAACCUCGUAUCGUCCUGCUCAUCUUUGUGUCUGGGAAAGUGGUUCUGACUGGUAGGGAAACUUACGUAUCUCCACGUGGUUAUGGUGAAGAAACAGCAGCCGGGUUGACAUUGGUAACUGAUGUGUCAGGCUGUUGUGGUAGAGUUUUAGCUACAUGCUAACAGUUACGUUUUGAUGUGGAGCGUGUCAACUCACAGAGCUAAAGAACGAGCUGAGAUCUACGAAGCAUUUGAGAACAUUUAUCCGAUCCUGAGAGGCUUCAGGAAACAGUGACAACUCGGACAGCACUUCCUGUUCAUUUGUAAAUAGAUUGAAUACGUGUGUGUUUGUGUGUGUAUUUUAUUGUGUUACGCGGCAGAGUUGUGGACGGUAAAUGAGUCGGUUGUUUGUUGAAUGUUUCACCAUCCUGGAAAAAAUAAUAAACGACAGGUUUUCAAAUCGCU